AUGACGGUGAACUCGGCGGCCCGGCACUUGCGCGUGGCCAUCAUCGGGGGCGGGCCCGGUGGCCUCGCGACCGCCAUCGCCCUGACCAAGAUUCCCCACGUCUCCGUCACCAUUUACGAGCAGGCUGCCGUGUUGCGGGAAGUAGGUGCCGGCAUAAGCAUCGGCACGAACUCGUGGAACGUGCUCCAGUUGCUCGGCGUCGCCGACACGCUGACCAGUGGACACCCGACAUGGGCCAUUAUAAAUAUGAAUGCGCGCUCCGGCGAGGAAAUCGAUCGCCGUGAGAAGGUCAGGGACGAGACUCAGCGGGCUCCGGUUCGCACUCAGCGCACGAAACUUCAAUCGGCGCUCCUAGCGCAUGUAGAGCCAGGCCUGAUACAACUUUCCAAGAAGCUGGAGCGUAUGCUCGACAAAGGUCGAGAAGGUGUCGAGUUGCACUUCGAAGACGGCACCACCGUUACUGCGGACUUGGUAGUCGGCGCAGACGGUAUCAGAUCAGUUGUUCGAGACACGGCCUGGCCAGGCUAUGAACUCAGUUUUACCGGAACGACAAUAUGGAGGACCCUGAUACCAUGGGACGACGUCAAGGAGCUGGACCCCCGCUUCGGGACCACAGGCUGGUGGCACGGGACGUCCUCGUACGUCUACUUCUCUCCCGUUGGCGAGGGACUGUGGGAGAUAGCAUCCAGAUCCUGGCAAGACCCUGCUCUCCAGAGUGCCGACAAGAAGAGUUGGGGGGUUCCGGUAGAGAACGCAUUUGUUGAGUCUCAUUUCAAAGACUUUCUUCCUCAGAUACAAGAAGCACUCUCACGGGUACCUCAAGGCCACUGGCGCGAGUUUGCCGCCUUUGCCGGUCCGGAGCUUGCCCAGCUCACGGCGUGGGACAGUAAGGUCGUCCUUGUCGGGGAUGCCUCGCACGCCCUGUCCGGCGCAUUCGGGUCCGGCGCGGGAUUCGCGAUGGAGGACGGCUGGAUCCUGGCACAGGCCCUGGCCUAUUGGAAGAACGACAUCAGCAAAGCUCUGCCGUUGUUUGACACCAUCCGGCUACCGUACUACUCGCGCAUGUACGCGCAUCUCGCCGCUGAGGCCAAUAAGCGCGCUGCCAAGCUCAAGGCGCUUGCCAAUCCGACGUAUGACGAGCUAGUGAGGAAUAGGAUCAUCACCGACGGCGGCGAAGACAUGUCUUGGAUUUAUAAGAACGAUAUCGGGGCGGUCUGGAAAGACUGGGUCGACACACAAUAG